AUGGCGGGCCUCGUCGGCUUCAGGCAGCUCGGGCUCGCGUUCCUCUUGGCGCACCUCGCGGACGCGCCGUCGGGCUGCGGGCUCGACGCGGCGCCCGUGGCGACUAAGCUGCCGCUGCUCGUCUACUCGCACGGCUUCGGCGGCAACGCGGACAUGGCCUCGUACUUCCUGAGCGAGGUCGCCGCGGCCGGGUCCGUCGUCGCGGCCGUCGAGCACACGGACGGCACCGCGUCGAACACCGUGCUGGAGGACGGGACCGCGCUGCCCUUCGCGCCCGGGCGGCUCUCGCGGCGCGAGCAACUGGACCGCCGGGCCGACGAGCUCGUGGACGUCGCCAAGGCGCUGCGCGGCGCCGACGGCCUGCCGCCGCUCGGCGAGACGUUCCUCGGCGGCCACAGCUACGGCGGCCCGUCCGCGCUGCUGGCCGCGUCGCGCUUCGCGUGCGCCGGCUUCGUGCUCCACGACCCGGCGCUCGGCAUGGGCUACGCGUCGGAGGCGGCCGCGCGCACGGUAUCCUUCACCUCGGACGAAUAUGAUGCCGCCGGCGUCCGGUGCGGCGCGACGUUCCACUGCCGCGGCGCGUUCCACGGCAACUUCGUGGACGCGCCGUUGUGGGCGCCGCCCUGGGUCAUGCGGCCCCUAUCCAGCGUGAUCCCGGCGGCCGGGCCCGUGGAUCCGUCGCUCGCGCACGCGGCGCUCGCGGCGGCCGCCGUGACAUUCAUGCGCGGCGAUGACGUGGCGCCGGACGGGUUCUUCGAGCGGCGGGCGUGA